GUCACGUGAUAUGUGUCAUGUGACUUUCAAGAUGGCGGUCAGCAGUCUUUCAAAACUAACACCAAUUUUGAACAUUGAAAAAUUAACUGAGCGUGUAAUUAGAGUUCUUGGCUGUAAUCCUGGAGAUUUUAGAUUACAAGGAACAAAUACCUAUCUUGUAGGUAGUGGUAAAAGAAAAAUUCUUAUUGACACAGGUGAUCCACAGAAACCAGACUACAUCAACAAUUUACGCCAGACCUUGCAGGAGAACAGCUGCGGAAUUCAGGAGAUUGUUCUUACACACUGGCAUGCAGAUCAUGUUGGGGGAGUACCAGAUAUCACCAGGGACAUCUUGUCAGAGCCAGUGAAAGUUUCAAAGUUCAAACGGUUGUCUAGUCCAGAUGAAGACAUCAGCCCUGCAUCAUACAGUUUCAUCGAAGACAAUCACAUUUUUAAAACAGAUGGUGCUACUUUAAGGGCAAUUCUGACCCCUGGCCACACAGAGGAACACAUGGUCCUACACCUGGAGGAAGAGAAUGCUGUGUUCGCUGGCGACUGUAUCCUAGGCGAGUCCACAGCUGUUUUUGAUGAUCUUCAUUCCUACAUGCAAACUCUGCAGAAAAUACUAGAUCUGAAACCAAAAGUUAUCUAUCCAGGUCAUGGAAUAGUUAUUCAAAACCCGGUUGAGUUUAUAACUUACUAUAUCAAGCAUCGUCACGAGAGGGAGGCCCAGAUACUAGAAGUUUUAAAAUCAAGUGGCAAUACAUACAUGUCUACACUCCAAGUGGUAGAGCAAGUUUACAAGGGAUUAGCUCCUGGCUUGAUUGGUGGUGCUUGUAAAAAUGCUAGUCAUAAUUUGAAGAAACUUGUCAAAGAGGAGAAAGUUGUUUGCAAAGAUGAAAAUGGAGUUUUAUUGUGGAGAAUGAUUCAGAACAAUUAAGCCCAGUUUGUUUCUUGUAUUAUACAAUCUAGUUUCCAGAAACUUGAACAAGAACUUGUUGCAUUCUUUCUAGUCAUAUAACUCAGAGAGUAGGCAUGUCUCACCUUGGGGUUUGGUAUUGGUUCCAGGCCACACCCAUUCAUGAGGAGACAAAUUGUUUUUGCCCUGUCCGUCAGUCCACGCGUAUGCCACACUUUGUUUCCGCUCCAUAACUAUAGAUGCUUGGACCUAGGAACAUCAUACUUGGUGUGCAGGUUGGUCGCGACCUGUAGAUGACCUGUAUUGAUUUUGAUGUCUGUAGGUCAAGGUCACAGUGACCUUCAGAUGAAAAAAAAUAAGAUCUCUGAUGCAGUUAAUGCAGUAGAUGUUCACUAUUGAACACUGAUGAUUAGGCCAAACUUAAAGGUCACAGUUGGUAGUCUCCAGUCCAAAAGUACAAAUUUCAUAUCCACCAUUGAUUAUUUCUCAGCUACGACCACACAAUGGGGGAGACAACUGCUUUUUCAAAAAAAAACAAUCUCUAGUUAACUUUGUGCCUAUUUUCAUUUUUCCAGAAUGCAAAGAUGAAAAUGGAGAAGAGUUAUGGAGCUUGAUUCAGGGCGGAAAAUCAAACCUUUAAGUCCACACUAAAUGAAUGUUAUAAACUGAAGUUUUAUUUACCACAUUAUUAAUGUGGGUCUCAUGAAAACAUGUUUAGAAUAAUAAAUCAGUUUUAAUUCGUAUGUGAUAUGUUUUACUAUGUAAGGUUAAUUUUGUUGUGUUAUAAAAUAAAUUGUUAUGUUACAUCACCGACCAAUAAGCCAUAUAGGUUCUUGGUUACAAAUACUUUUUAUUAUGUUAUUGUUUUAAACUAUGUAAACCAAAAAUAAAUAAACAGUAUUCAUUUGUGAUACUUAUUAAAUAUUUAUAAAUUUUCCGAGUCAUUGCUUGCACCACAUUGAUAUAAUAAACAGUGUCCACCAUAA